AUGGCAGGUGAAGUAGAGGUGCUCUGUUUCUAUGACCUUGGCAUAAGUAGGGAUAUUGACAACUCCAUCCACAAAUCCAUCCACAACUCCAUCCACAGCUACAUCCACAACUCCAUCCACAGCUGCACCCACAACUUCAUCCACAACUCCAUCCACAACUCCAUCCACAACUCCAUCCACCGCUACAUCCACAACUCCAUCCACAAAUCAAUUCACAACUACAUCCACAACUACAUCCACAACUCCAUCCACAACUCCAUCCACAAAUCCAUCCACAAAUCCAUCCACAACUACAUCCACAACUACAUCCACAACUCCAUCCACAGCUACAUCCACAACUCCAUCCACAGCUGCACCCACAACUCCAUCCACAACUCCAUCCACAACUCCAUCCACAACUCCAUCCACAGCUACAUCCACAACUCCAUCCACAAAUCCAUUCACAACUACAUCCACAACUACAUCCACAACUCCAUCCACAACUCCAUCCACAAAUCCAUCCACAAAUCCAUCCACAACUACAUCCACAACUACAUCCACAACUACAUCCACAACUCCAUCCACAAUUCCAUCCACAACUCCAUCCACAACUUCAUCCACAAUUCCAUCCACAACUCCAUCCACAGCUCCAUCCACAACUACAUCCACAGCUCCAUCCACAACUCCAUCCACAACUCCAUCCACAACUUCAUCCACAGCUCCAUCCACAACUCCAUCCACAACUUUAUCCACAGCUCCAUCCACAGCUCCAUCCACAACUUCAUCCACAGCUCCAUCCACAACUCCAUCCACAACUUCAUCCACACCUUCAUCCACAGCUCCAUCCACAGCUCCAUCCACAGCUCCAUCCACAACUCCAUCCACAACUUCAUCCACACCUCCAUCCACAGCUCCAUCCACAACUUCAUCCACAGCUCCAUCCACAGCUCCAUCCACAACUCCAUCCACAACUCCAACCACAACUCCAUCCGCAACUCCAUCCACAAAUCCAUCUACAACUCCAUCCACAACUACAUCCACAAUUUCCAUCCACAACACCACCAACAUGUGUUCCGACUUGAAAUACAUAUUACCUUCCUUGUUGAUAAAACGUCCCCAAAGUUUAACGCUUUGGCUCAAACAAAAUUAACGUAUCACCAGCUAUAA